AUGAGGGACCGUGACUCCGAGGAGGACCGCGGCCUGCUGCAGGAGGACGAGACCGAGACCAAGUCACCUCCCCCACACACGCACCGGAGCAACUCGGCGGCCACCUUCAGAACCUGGCUCGCGGGCUCCUCGAGAUGGACCAUCAUAGGUAUUGUCGUGCUGGUAUCGGUGUUUGCACUGCCUUUGCUCGGCUUUCUUGGUCGCGGCGCAUCACCGUCGGUCGCCUCUCACCAUUCGGAAAGCGACCAGCUUGCUAUCCGCCUUCACCCAGACAAGCACGCGGCGCGAGCACCGACAACGCUGACGCUUGACUGGAACAUCACCCGCGGAGUGCGCGCGCCCGACGGAGUGGAAAAGCCAGUCUAUCUUGUCAACGGUGCGUUCCCGGGACCAACCAUCGAAGCCCGGCCUGGCGACAGACUUGUCGUCAACGUCUUCAAUGGCCUCGAUUCAGAAGGCGUGUCAAUCCACUGGCAUGGCCUCCGCAUGAAGGGCUUCAACCGCAUGGACGGGGCUGUUGGCUUCACGCAGUGCCCCAUUCCGCCCGGUGGCGACUUCGUCUAUGACUUCACCAUUGGGGACGACGAGCAUGGCACUUUUUGGUGGCACAGUCACAGCCAAGUCCAGCGCGGUGAUGGACUCUACGGAGGGCUCGUCGUGCACGACCCUACUGCCCCCCUUACGCAGCAUGGAGACGACGUCCUGGUCCUCAUUGGCGACUGGUAUCACCGCGCACAGGCAGAAGUGCUCGCCUGGUUCGCCGACUUUUCUAGCCUCGGAAACGAGCCCGUCCCAGACUCGCUGCUUGUCAACGGCAACGGGCGGUACAAUUGUUCCAUGGCGGUUCCCGCUCGGCCACUGAACUGCACCCAAAAGCGCCAGACCGAUGUCAAGCCGCUACUCGCGCGGCGGUCCGACUCUCCAGCGCGGCUACGCUUGAUCAAUACGGGCUCGCUCGCGGGCUUCUCUAUCAAGAUAGACGGAGCGACACUGGAGCCUGUUGCCGUGGACGGCGCGGGCUCCGUGAGCAGAGAUGCGGGCCAAUCAGUCGGCAUCCUAUACCCCGGGGAGAGAGCCGACGUCUUGCUCAAGUGGGCCAAAGGAGAUAGCGGACUACCCCGCAUGAACAUUUAUCUCGACGAGGAGAACUUUGGCGGUUUUCCUAACGAGGCGCUGAAUCCGAAUCAGACGUUUCAUGCUCUACCCGCAGGCAAUGUAACUAUGCGGGAAGAGACAACCACGCUGCAACUCGGCAAAGAUCAUCGCGACCUGGCAACCCUGACGUCCGCGUCUACUCGCACGACGGCCCUGCCAGCCAAAGCUCAGGAGACCAUUCUGUUGUACAUGAAGACUCAGAAGCUAUCGCGCUUCAACAACAAGCCCCUCGGUUUCGUGAACCAUACGACGUGGCAGACACAGACACCGGCCCUCCUGUCACUCAACCGCACUGCCUGGGACGAGCACCAGCUGCUUCCAUUUAUCGCAACUAAACCCAACCAGCCCGUCACCGUUGAUCUUGUCAUCAACAAUCUCGACGACGGCGCACAUCCGAUCCAUCUCCACGGAAACUCCUUUCACGUCCUGUCUUCCUUUAGGGCCGAUGGACGCGACGGAUGGGGCAGCUACAAUCCGUACGAGUCUGAGGCACCACCCGCUGGACUGAACCUGGAGAGCCCCGUGAUCAAGGACACAAUUAGCGUGCCGCGGAGAGGACAUGUUGUAGUGCGCUUGACGGCGGACAACCCCGGGUUGUGGAUGUUACAUUGCCACAUGCUGGUCCACAUGGGCACCGGCAUGGUAGCCGGGCUGCAUGUCGGAGGAGAGGAUGACCUCGAUCACAUCCGGGGCAUAGACCCUUCCGCAGCGGAGUUGUGUAUGAGCACAUAG